AUGGGGAAUAAACAGGAGGAGUUAGAGGUCUGCGUGCGGUCUAAAGGUUAUGAUCUGGUGGCAAUAACAGAGACACGAUGGGACAGCUCACAUGACUGGAAUGUCGUCAUGGAUGGCCGUGUCCUUUCUAGGAAAGACAGGUCAGCAAAGCGAGGUGGUGGAGUAGCUCUUCAUCUGGCUAUGGAAUUCCCAUCAGAAGACAUUUUUUUAAUGACAGCUUCUCCAGUUAUAAAAGCUGUAACAAAUUUCAAACAGGUAAGAAAAGUUUUGACUGAGGAUGGGAAAGAAUAUACAUACGAAAAACUCUGCCUGUGUGCUGGAGCAAAACCAAAAUUAGUUUUUGAAGGAAACCCAUAUGUGUUAGGAAUCCGAGAUACUGACAGUGCACAGGCUUUUCAGAAGAAUUUAGCUCAAGCUGAGAGAAUAGUAGUGGUAGGAAACGGUGGGAUCGCACUUGAAUUGGUGUAUGAAAUUCAAGGCUGUGAAGUAAUCUGGGCUAUCAAAGACAAAGCCAUUGGGAACACUUUUUUUGAUGCAGGAGCAGCUGAAUUUCUCAUUCCAAAGCUAACUGCUGAAAACCAAGAGACUCCAAUUCAGUGUAAAAGAACCAAGUAUACAAUGGAAGGAAGUGAGGAAAAAGAGCGACCAGUAGCAGCGUCUGACAAACUGGGCAGUGCCUUAGGCCCUGAUUGGCACGAGGGCUUAGAUCUUAAAGGGACUAAAGAGUUUUCCCAUAAAGUACAUAUUGAAAUACUAUGUGAAGUAAAGAAAAUAUACUUACAGCAAGAGUUUAUACAACUGCAACGGACUUCUUUGACUUUUCCUAAGGAAGAGAAAAAUGUAGAACCCGAUGAGGUUCUGUGGCCUGUAUAUGUGGAAUUAACUAAUGGAAAAAUUUACGGAUGCAAUUUCAUUGUCAGUGCCACUGGAGUUGUGCCAAAUGUUAAACCAUUUCUUAAUGGCAAUAAUUUUGCUGUAGGUGAAGAUGGAGGUCUGAAAGUAGAUAAGCACAUGCACACAUCCCUGCCAGAUAUAUAUGCAGCUGGGGAUAUCUGCACAGCUUCGUGGGAACCUAGCCCAGUGUGGCAUCAGAUGAGACUGUGGACUCAAGCCAGGCAGAUGGGAUGGUAUGCAGCAAAAUGCAUGGCAGCAGAUACUUUUGGGGAAUCUAUUGAUCUGGAUUUCAGCUUUGAACUAUUUGCUCAUGUUACAAAAUUUUUCAAUUACAAGGUGGUGGUUUUGGGAAAAUACAAUGCUCAAGGCUUGGGUUUAGACCAUGAACUGAUGCUGAGAUGUACCAAGGGACAAGAGUAUGUUAAAGUGGUGAUGCAGAAUGGCCGCAUGAUGGGAGCUGUGCUGAUCGGUGAAACGGACUUGGAAGAAACUUUUGAGAACUUGAUUUUAAAUCAAAUGGAUCUUUCAGCUUAUGGUGAAGACCUCCUGAAUCCAGACAUAGAUAUAGAGGAUUAUUUUGAUUGAACAAAACCCCAUU